AAUCCACCGUCUUACGGACAAGCCACAACUGCAAAUGCCUGGGACCUCGUUGCCGACUACAUCCCGUCUUCAGACCUCUGCUCUGCCGCCUUGGUAUGCCAGCAAUGGCACAUAACUNUUGCACCACACCUAUGGGGCAACCCUGCCUCUCACUUUGGUGACGAGAAUGAUAGANUCGCUUUGACUCGGUUCAUCCGUACCCUACCAUGGGCGAGACGUGGUGUCCGAUCUUUGACACACACACUCCAUCUUCCUCCAGCACAUGCUGAGAUUUACAACGGCCCACACGCAGACUGGUUGAGAGAGGUACUCGAAGGUCUUCCGAACCUCCAGUCAUUGAUUGUUCGCGGCUUGCCUUUCUUCGACCACGCAGCUCUGAAUGCGCUCAGAUACACUCGACUCUCUGGCAAUAGGAACCAGCUAGUCCCUGCGCAGACGCCUUUCGGCAUGCGAUUGCUGGACGCGUCAAGAUGUAGCAACGUGACCGCGACCGGUCUGCAGCAAGCUAUCAGACGAUUUGAUUCACUGCUAUACCUCGACCUAUCAUGGACAUAUCCUGCCAAAAGUCCUGAAGUACUCCGAAGCCUUGGCCAGUUUCGAGGUCUACAGGUUUUGAAGCUUCGGGGUAUCUCGCUGAAAGACGACGAUGUGCUCAUACUAGCGAAUGCAAUCAAAACUCGGGUUCGGAGCUUAGAUCUACGGAAUAACCAAUUGACAGAUCGAAGUAUACGUAUUUUGCUCCAGCAUUGCUUCACGCCACCGCCGCGUAGAGACAACGAUGGUCAAGUCAUGUCUCCCUCGCUACUGCCAUACCUAGGUGCCGAGAUGCUCGCAAUCUAUCGAGGAGUCAACUUCGAAGCUUUCCUAAGAAAUGAAUUCACAGACAAAUUUGUCGGCCGCUUGGCUAUCGAAGACGCCCCAGAGAGCGGUACUACCCAUCUUUACCUAUCGGACAAUCAACUUACUGUCGAGGGGCUUUCUGGUAUAAUCAGAUCUGGGAGGUUGCACGUACUCGACGCUGGAAGUCUUUUGCCUGCGAUGGCCUCACAAGAUGGCUCGUUCAGUAUGAACUUUCCUAGCCUAGCAAAACUUGCUCCUGUGUUGGCCGAGUCGGCAAGUCAUAGCCUGACGUAUUUGAGAAUUGACCACAGCUUAGUGACUGGAGAGCCACCAGUGAUGCAGGAAGAUGAAAAUCAGCCGAUUUCUCAAUACUGCGAGCUUGCAGACACCUCCAACUACCCAUCUGGGAUUGCUGAGCUUGAUCAUGUUACAGAGGUCUAUGAGAUGAUGGGCGACACUGCUUUCGCGACCGAGCUCUCUAGCGAUGCUCUCUCUAUCGUGGUGACGCCUACAAGCGUCGAGAAGCCUACUACAUGCAUACAUCAAGCUCGAAGGAGAAGUCAGGAUCUUCCAAUACCUGUUCAGACAGAAGAAAUGAACGAAACAGGCUUACACGUAACCGCACUUGAGCAGGAGAAUGAUAGAUCAACACCAGUGGUCGACGAGACUCUGACACCAAGUCCAAUACUUCCCUCUCGUGGUCUCGGUCGCAGCUACUCCUCAAUCGUGAAAGAGCGCAAAACCCGGCUACAGACACACUUGACCCAAGCAAAGGCUNUCCAUCCAGGCGUCCUACCGCAUCUAGACACCUUGGUUCUAACCGAGCUCCCUCCAACCUCACCAACAUCAGAUACCCCAAACAAGCUGAUCUCUUUCAUACACGCUUGCGCCGAAGAAACCUCUCUCGCAAAACUUCAAGCCCAACUCGAUUGGACACUGCCACCCGGCCGCAGACAAAGCCACUCACACCAAAAAGAGCUUGUACGCAAGAGCUUCGCUCUCGAGCAACUCGUUCUCGAAGUCGCCCCUUGCAGUGUUGAUCAAAAGAAAGCAGAAGCAGCCAGUGCAUGGCGACACCGCGGCACCAAAUCCGUGACCCAAGACCAAGAUAGUGAGGCCCUGUGGGCAGCCUCUCAAACCGACUUUUCCUUUUUCGGCGAGGGCGAGACGAACAGUUUGGAUACUUGUCUCGAGCCCUCCAGACCACUGACCAUCAUGUCUGGCAUGGAAGUUUCUGUCGCGCCUCCUUCCAAUCACCCUCCCAACAAGUCUGUCGAUGAGCCUCCCAAACCGAACAUUGAUGUAAUAGCCCAACUUUCCGCAUUCCGCAAGGCAACUAAAUCAGCAUAUCAACAACGACAAGCACAGGGAGAGGAAAACCCCGAGGUACCUGGCUUUUGGGAUGGCAACAUCAAGGUGGUGAGGAGACCAAAAGACGUAGAUCCUCGAUUCGAGGACGAUGAAGUAUGGGCUGAUUAUUACGGGAAUCGGUUCUCGAAUGGUUAUCUGUAUCGA